ACAUGAAUCUGCUUACAAAUACAGAGUGACAGAAAAUUAAAAAAGGAAAUAAUUUUGUAAGGUCACAGCUUAGAACAUGACCUGCUUCUCUGUGUAGCUGACAACAAUGAAGUCAUGCACAUAAAUUAAACCAAGUCUUGAAAUUAAGACUUGUGUCCUUACUUUUUCUCUUUCUCAUUUCGUUUCCACCACUGCACGCCACCACCACACCACACUUCUGCAAUCACUCUCUCUCUCUCCCCCCCCCCCCUAGUCUCUUCCUUUCCUGGAACGCUCCAACACUGCAAAUUUUUUGGGAGUGAAAAAUAUUUUCAUCUUUAGUAGCACUCAUCUAGCUGAACCACCUCAACUUAUUACUCUCCUACUGCCUAUGCUAUCCGUACUUCUGCUCUUUUCCUUUCCAUCACAAAUCCAGCAAAACCCAAAGACCUUUGAGAUUCAUAGACCGUUACCCUCCCUCUGCCAGUCGUUGAUAUUGACAAGCUCCAAAAGAUUUCAUUUUUUGCACUAGUCUGGCUGAGCAGUCUUUACCUAAAUCUCUAUACUGUCACUAUAACCUGUACUUGCCUUCUUCUUCUUCUUCUUCUUCAUGUUUUCCCCCCUCAUGUGCCCAGAAAAACCCAGAAACUUGUGAGUGUAUGAGCUUUUCAGAGGCCCUUUUGCUUGAUAGUUGAUAUCGACAAGUUCCAAUGCACUCAGAAUCUCUUUGACCAUCAAAUGAGUUCUUGGGUUCCUCUCAUCUCUUGCUUCUGGGGGGUGGAGAGUGAAUGGGGUGUAUGUUGUCUCAGAUAGCGGCGAAAUUCGCCUUUUUUCCGCCGUCUCCUCCGACGUACCGGCUCAAGAAGCAAGAUGACGGCAAACUCACGGUGGUGUCGCCCUCGUCGCCGGCGGUUUCGAUUCCUCACGCCGACGACAAUUCCUUGGACGUUUUGUUGGUUGAUACGAAACAUGGGAACAAGAUUGUCGCUUUUUAUCUGAGGAACCCAUACGCUCGCCUCACUCUUCUUUACUCUCAUGGCAAUGCUGCUGAUUUGGGUCAACUCUAUGACCUCUUCGUGCAACUCAAGGUCAAUCUUAGAGUUAAUCUCAUGGGAUAUGACUAUUCUGGAUAUGGGGCUUCUACUGGCAAGCCCAGUGAAUCGAAUACAUAUGCUGACAUUGAAGCAAUAUAUGAAUGCCUUGAGACCCAAUAUGGAGUGAGCCAAGAAGACUUGAUAUUGUAUGGACAAUCAGUGGGAAGUGGGCCGACUCUGCACUUGGCAGCUAAAUUGCCGAGGUUGAGGGGCGUCGUUCUGCAUAGUGGCAUUCUUUCUGGACUCCGUGUGCUCUGCCAUGUGAAGUUCACGCUUUGCUUUGAUAUAUACAAGAACAUUAACAAAAUAAAGAAGGUGAAGUGCCCAGUACUGGUGAUACAUGGGACAGAAGAUGAUGUUGUCAAUUGGUUACAUGGCAAUGGAUUGUGGAAAAUGGCAAGGGAACCAUAUGAACCACUAUGGAUCAAAGGAGGUGGGCACUGCAACUUGGAGCUUUACCCUGAUUACAUUCGCCAUCUCUGCAGAUUUGUUCAAGAAAUGGAGAACAUGACAACAGAGAAACGCCUCAAAAAAAUCCGACUAAAUAUUGAUCUGCAAUCAAGAUCUGCCUCUGGAUCCACCUGCAGAUGCUGUAGCAUGAACUGCUGUAGAUUGAACUGUCCAGAAUGCUCAAAUUGCACCUGCUGUAGCAUGGACUGCUGUAGAUCAAAAUGUCCAGAAUGCUCAAAUUGCACCUGCUGUAGCAUGGACUGCUGUAGAUUGAAAUGUCCAGAAUGCUCAACUUGCCCCUGCAGAUGCUGUAGCAUGAACUGCUGUAGAUUGAAAUGUCCAGAAUGCUCAAAUUGCCCCUGCAGAUGCUGUAGCAUGAACUGCUGUAGAAUGAAAUGUCCAGAAUGCUCAAAUUGCAGCUGCAUAACAUGUUCCUGCUCCUUUAAUUGUCUUGCAUGCUGCAGGAGACCAAGUUGCUUCAAGUGCUGCCAAUUACCCAAAAUAAGUUGCUCCAAGUGUUGCAGAAUACCCAAAAUAAGUUGCUCCAAGUGUUGCCAAUUACCCAAAAUAAGUUGCUCAAAGUGUUGCCAAUUACCAAAAUUAGGUUGCUUGAAGUGUUGCCAAUUUCCCAAGUUGUCAAAUUGUUUGGGCACAAAAUGGAGACCAAGCUGGUGCUGUUGGGGAGAAGGUUCAACGACUGUCUGCUAUCCAAAUUGUUCAAGACUAAGGUGUUGCUGCAGCAUCAGAUGUUUCUGUUGGCAUUGUUGUGUGGGGAAACAUGGUGGGAAAUAGAAUGCUUAAUGGUGCUUUCAUGAUUUGUAUAGAGGACUGGCUUUGCACGCCAACACCUUCAAUACUGUGCAGCAAUGUACAGAACAAGACAAGUCAGGAAUGACUAUUGUAGGAAAACGAUGUCCUCUAUUUUGUUUAGCUCUCUGAAAAGUUUAUUGUUUUUUUUUUUUUUUCAAAUUUCUUUACAAAUCUGAUGUUUCAUUUGGAUUCACAGCAGCUGAUGAGUGACAAUUUUAUCUUCCCUUUUGUAGCCUUUUACGACGUCU